AUGCUUAUUUAUCACUUAAAUGUUUAUAAGGAACGACCUAAAUUGAUUGAGGAGACUAACUCAUCAGAUUUUCAAGAUAUUAUGAGAUAGCUUGGGGUUAGGUGGAAGGAAAUGAGUGAGGAGUAAAAAUCCUCUUAUAAGGUAAAAAGUGAGGAGGAUAGGUUAAGGCAUCAGGAGUAAUCUAAAUUAUAUAUUCAAGAGUAGGAGAUAUUGAAGCACUCAAGGGAUGUUAGAAGAGGAAAAGACGGUAAGCCAAAGAAGCCGAGAACUCCCUACUAAAUAUUUGCCAAUAUUGUUAGGAAAAAACUCAAAAUUAGAAAGCCGAAUGCCUCUGAGAGUGAUCGAAUGAAGGCUGUAAGCAUCGAGUGGGCUAAACAAAGUCCUGAGUAAAAGCGAUUUUAUCAUGAAGAAUCAAAACUCGAAAAAGAAAAAUAUGAAAAAGCUAUAGAGGAGUGGAAUAAAAGUGUAAAUAAUAAAAAGAACAAGCAGAUGAUGAAAUUGGAUGAGAAAAUGAAGUAAAGUUAGGUGAGUUUCACUACUCAUGGCACCGAAUUCAGUCAAAGUUUUUCAUUCGAUUGCAGUUAAAGCUUUUGCCUAUCAAACAUAGAAUGUGAUUAAAUCGAGGUUGAUGAUGAGUAAACUCAACAGAGCAAGUAGUUAAGGAUUGGCUAAUACUAAGAUUAGAUGAUUCAGCCCUUCAAUAUGGGAGAGGGGUAAUGCCUAGAUUAAAUCUAAGAGAUUAAUGAAGAGGAAGAAGAUGAUGAAUUAGCUGAAGAUUUAGAUGAAACCGAGAGUGAAAUUGAGGAAGAGGAAGAGAUAAAAUUAAGAUAUUAAUGA